AUGGUGACGGAAUCUUCGAAUGCUGGAUCCCAGGUGGGAUCAACGCCUAUCCCAGUGGCUUCAAACCGUGUCUAUAUAUCAAACUUGAGUUUUAACGCGACAGAGGAAGAGCUCUCUGAAUUCCUAAGUAGUUACAAUGUGAAAUCUGUACUCAUUCCCAGUCAAACAAUCCGAGGUUUUAGAAAAAGUACUGUACGCCCUUUGGGAAUUGCUUACGCAGAGUUCGAGACGGGCGACGAAACUGUAAGGGUAAUCCAAGAAUUAAAUGGUACACAAUUCAAAGAAAGAGUCUUAAAAAUCAAACCUUAUGUACCAUAUUCACCAUGUGCGGCAGAAAAGAGACCUAAUCGCGGAACUAAGGGGGCGAAGAACCAACAGUCGGAGGUCCCUGAGGAAUUGAGAAUUGUCCAAGCAGAUGACGCAUUUUUAGAAGAAGAAAUGACAGUUGUCGCUGAACCCCAGGUAAAAGUCAAUUCCACCUCGCAGCAGGUACCCUUAUCAGAAGAUACGGUUUAUUGUGCGUAUCUACCUGGCAAAGUGACUGACGUGGAAUUACGGGAAUUCUUCAAAGAUUACGAGCCUCAAGAUAUAUAUGUAUUUCGAAGCAAUGGAACCCGAAGAGGCAUAUAUUUCCAUCGCUGCUUUACUGCCGCCUUGGUUACACUUGGUAAUCCGGAGUUUUUGCUCAAUGCCAUUUCAAAUCUGCGUAAGCAAAAGUUGAUGGGAAAAAGAGUUACAUUGAGGGUAGCUCGGCUUUCUAAAAUACAGGAAGUUCAAAGAGCAGCAGUCAAAAAAUUAGAAGAGGAAAAUCUGCGUUUGCAAGCAGAUCAACCUCAAGUUGGCCCCUCGGAACCAGUGGCCGCAAAUUGA